GCCCAUCGCUCCAAGCCUCUCCAAGCCGCUCAUGGCGUCUUCCAGCUGGUCUUGGAAGAGGUACGAGCGUCCGGGGCUGAUGCAGGAUGAGAUCGAGGAGGUGAAGGCCGCUUUCGACCUCUUCGAUGUUGACGGCACCCAGAGGAUCCACCCGAGGGACCUGAAGAGCUGCGUGCAGUCCCUGAACUUGAGGCGGAACCAGGUGGUCCACCAAAUCCUCAGCGACUUGGAGCGGCUUGGGGCAAAGCCGCUGGACUUCGGGGCGUUCUUGGACAUCAUGACGGCCAAGAUGGGUGAGCGUGACACCCGGGAGGAUGUGUCCAAGGUCUUUCGGCUCUUCGAUGAUGACCGCACCGGCAGCAUCACCCUGAAGAACCUCAAGCGUGUGGCCCGCGAGCUGGGCGAACAGCUGCCGGCCGAGGCCCUGGAGGAGAUGAUCGCAAGGGCCGACGCUGACGCAGAUGGGGAGGUCACCAUGGACGACUUCUACGUUCUGAUGACGCAGAAGAGCUUCCCUUACUGAGCCAAAGGCCCCAAGGGCCUGUGGUGUGCACGGAACAGAGCAAGAAAGCAAUAUUUUCUGUGC